UAACUGCGUAAGUAUAUUAUCAUCUUAUUACAUCCAAUAUUAUUUAUUUAAUUUUAUUCUUUUUUUAUAAAUUUACUGUCAAAUAAUAGUUUCCUCUUCGGUUUAUUUAUGUUAUUACAAUUGUUUAUUUCUUUAAUCUUGACUUUUUACAAGAUAGAAGCGCGUGAAGCAUUCUUCUAAUCAUGGCGGAUGCAGCUCCAGCCGGCGGACGUGGUGGAUUCCGAGGAGGUUUCGGCGGUGGUGGCCGAGGCGGUAGAGGUCGUGGUAGAGGAAGAGGCCGCGGUCGAGGACGUGGUCGUGGUAAGGAAGAAAAGGAAUGGAUUCCAGUUACUAAGUUAGGACGUCUUGUUAAGGAUGGAAAAAUCAAAAGCUUAGAAGAAAUUUAUCUCUUUUCACUGCCUAUUAAAGAAUGUGAAAUUAUUGACUUCUUCCUGGGUAGUGCCCUUAAGGAUGAUGUUAUGAAAAUCAUGCCUGUACAGAAACAAACUAGAGCUGGUCAGCGUACCAGAUUUAAGGCUAUUGUAGCUAUGGGAGAUCAAAAUGGCCAUGUUGGAUUGGGAGUUAAAUGCUCUAAGGAAGUUGCUACUGCUAUUCGAGGGGCUAUCAUGUUAGCUAAGCUGACAGUCAUUCCUGUGCGACGAGGCUAUUGGGGUAAUAAGAUCGGUCAGCCCCACACAGUACCCUGCAAGGUUACUGGUAAAUGUGGUAGUGUUAUUAUGAGGCUUAUUCCAGCUCCUAGGGGAACUGGUUUGGUCUCUGCACCUGUUCCAAAAAAGCUUUUGACUAUGGCUGGAAUUGAGGAUUGUUAUACAUCAAGUAGAGGAUCCACUUGCACCUUAGGAAAUUUUGCUAAAGCAACAUACUUAGCUAUUCAGAAAACAUACAGUUAUUUGACACCAGAUUUGUGGAAGGACCAAGUGUUCCAGAAGUCUCCAUAUCAAGAACAUUCUGAUUAUUUAAUGAUGAAUCACAAACCCGUUGGAGGCCAGCAACGUCAAGUUGAAGCUGUAGCUUGAUUUGUAUAUUUUGAAAUAAAAACAAGUUGAAAAA